CAUGGAUGCAGUGGAGGAGGAGCUGAGGGGUAUCAGGGAGGAGCUGAAAGCCUCCACCCCUGAGGUUGUGCUUGCAGCAUCCUCCCGCAUGGCCAAGGUCCUUGGAAAAUAUUUUCCAUCAAGCCAGACCCAUGAGUUUAUGGAGACCGUGCUGAAUGGCAUGCUGAGAGCCAGCCCCACAUGUGCCACAGCAGGAGGACAUUGGCUCCUCAGAAUCAUCAAGGAGCAUGGAGAGGCCCUGCUGGAGGAGGUGCCGGACAUCCUGGGCACCAUAAUGAUGCACAUGCCCGCUAUGCAGGAAGGGUGCAUGAAGAGCUGCCUGCUGGAAGCUGUGGCCAGUCUAGCAGGCUUCCACGUAGAGACCGUCACCAGCAGCCUGCUUUGUAGACCUCUGCCCAUGGACAGUGACACCUCUGAAUUGUGGCGGGCGAUGGGUGGAGGCGAUGAUUUCUCCGUCCACGUGCUGCAUUUGCUCCUCGCCAAGCUGGACCAUCGGGCUGAGACGGAGAGCAGCUCAUUCACCACAGCAUUUGAGCCACUGGCAGAAGAGACCUUUGGACUUGGAGUUGUGGAUUUCCAGAUGUCUUCCCCGGGCUGA